GCGGACGGUGUCCUUUUCUCUCAGUGGAAGCGAUACUGCUGGAGUUCUCUAACGGCCCUCGCGCAAUUCCUUAAUUUCUAUACAUUUUUGGGAGUUUUUAAAUCAUCUCAUCAAUCACAAUGCUGAGCACGGUCAGCCGGCAACUCAGAAGCCAUCCUGCCUUGAUCCCACUCUUUAUUUUCAUUGGCGGUGGAUGCACUAUGUCUCUGACAUAUCUGGCUCGCUUGGCCAUGCGCAACCCUGAUGUCUGCUGGGACAAAAAGAACAACCCAGAGCCCUGGAAUAAACUGGGGCCCACUGAUCAGUACAAGUUCUACGCAGUGAACAUGGACUACAGCAAGCUGAAGAAGGACCGUCCUGACUACUAAACGUAUCCAGAGAAUCCAGACACCCAGUGUUGGACCAAAGGCUUAAAAAUCAAACUAAAGAACAAGAAGAUGUCCACACUCUUUUCCUCAACGGCCCUUGUUCCUAUAUUAAUUUAUGCAAAGAGACUAAAUUGCACAAAUGAUGUCUUUGCUUAUUUGGAUCCUUUUUAACAUCUAUGAUGUCUUGUGUAUUUUCUUCCCAUACUUUUUAGUCAGAGACGAUUAAUAAAGAGUUUUCUCCCACAUACAUUGAAAAA